CCGUUGGUUCACCCUCCAAUGGCCGCGGCCGGCGCGCUGCGGCCGGCGCACCACGCUGAUCCGAUGGCAGGAGCCAGGUGCUUCUCCUGGUCUCCCAUGGGGUGCAGGGCCCAAGGACUUGGGCCAUCCUCCACUGAACUCCCGGGCCACAGCAGAGAGCUGGCCUGGAAGAGGGGCAACCGGGACAGAAUCCGGCGCCCCGACCGGGACUAGAACCCGGUGUGCCGGCGCCGCAAGGCGGAGGAUUAGCCUAUUGAGCCACAGCGCCGGCCCCCAUAGUAUCUUAAAGGGAAUUAAACCAAGAUGUAUCUCGAAUAUUGAGCAAUAGUAAUAUGCAAGCAAAUAGGGCAUAUGUAAAGUAUUUAAGUCGAAAACAAAAGUAAAAUGAGAUUCCUACUUCAUGCCAUAAUCAAAUCCAGACCUUUAUUUAUUUAUUUAUUUAUUUUUUUUGGACAGGCAGAGCGGACAGUGAGAGAGAGAGAGAGACAGAGAGAAAGGUCUUCCUUUACCGUUGGUUCACCCCCCAGAUGGCCACUGCGGCUGGCGCACCACGCUGAUCUGAAGCCGGAGCCAGGUGCUUCUCCUGGUCUCCCAUGCGGGUGCAGGGCCCAAGGACUUGGGCCAUCCUCCACUGCACUCCCUGGCCACAGCAGAGAGCUGGCCUGGAAGAGGGGCAACCGGGACAGAAUCCAGUGCCCCAACCGGGACUAGAACCUGGUGUGCCGGCGCUGCAAGGUGGAGGAUUAGCCUGUUGAGCCGCAGCGCUGGCAAAUCCAGACAUAUUUUAAAAAUCUUUUUAUGUAUUCCUGUUAACUCCAUUUGUCAUCCCUUAACAGCUACUCCAAAAUGUUGUUUUCUACUCUACCUGCAGCAUGCUCCAGCUUACCCCUGUCUCAAGCAUAUGAGUUCCCUUCACUCCUUACAGAGAGAGAAAGAGAGAUCUUCCAUUCACGAAUCCACUCCCCAGAUGGCCACAAUGUCCAGGGCUGGGCCAGGCCGAAGCCAGAAGCCAGGAGCUUCAUCCAGGUUUCCCAUAUGGGUGGCAAGGGUCCAAACGCUUGGGCCAUCUUCUGUUGCUUUUCCCAGGUCAUUAGCAGCAAGCUAUAUUGGAAGUGAACCUGCUACACCACAAUGCAAGCCCCUGAAGGUUGCUAUCGGCAGAACAGACAUUGAAGACUUGGACCUGUAUGCUACGUCUCGGGAGAGACGAUUUCGUUUAUUUGCUUCUAUAGAGUGUGAAGGACAGUUAUUCAUGACUCCCUAUGAUUUUAUUUUGGCUGUUACAACAGAUGAACCCAAAUUUGCUAAAACAUGGAAGUCACUUUCCAAACAGGAAUUAAAUCAGAUGCUCUCAGAAACACCUCCAGUUUGGAAAGGGUCAUCAAAGCUAUUUCGAAGUCUUAAAGAAAGAGGUGUGAUUUCUUAUACAGAAUAUCUUUUCCUUUUGUGUAUUUUAACAAAGCCACAUGCUGGUUUUAGAAUAGCUUUCAACAUGUUUGACACUGAUGGCAACGAGAUGGUAGAUAAAAAGGAGUUUUUGGUGCUUCAAGAGAUAUUUAGGAAAAAAAAUGAAAAGAGAGAAACUAAAGGAGAUGAAGAAAAGCGUGCAAUGCUGCGUCUUCAACUUUAUGGAUACCAUUCUCCUACUAAUAGUGUACUUAAACCAGAUGUGGAGGAACUGGUCUCCAGAAGUUACUGGGAUACCCUGAGACGUAACACAAGCCAAGCACUCUUUUCGGACCUUGCAGAGCGUGCUGAUGAUAUAACAAGUUUAGUAGCAGACACUACACUUCUUGUGCAUUUUUUUGGGAAGAAAGGAAAAGCUGAGCUCAACUUUGAAGAUUUUUAUAGAUUCAUGGAUAACCUCCAAACAGAAGUUCUAGAGAUAGAAUUCCUUUCCUACUCUAAUGGAAUGAAUACUAUCAGUGAAGAAGAUUUUGCUCAUAUUCUUUUACGAUAUACAAAUGUGGAAAAUACAUCAGUAUUUUUGGAAAAUGUGCGUUACAGUAUACCUGAAGAAAAGGGCAUCACAUUUGAUGAAUUCAGGUCAUUUUUCCAGUUUCUGAACAACCUAGAAGACUUUGCAAUAGCCCUGAAUAUGUAUAACUUUGCAAGUCGUUCUAUAGGCCAAGAUGAAUUUAAACGUGCUGUCUAUGUAGCUACUGGACUCAAACUUUCACCACAUUUAGUGAACACUGUCUUCAAGAUUUUUGACGUUGACAAAGAUGAUCAAUUAAGUUAUAAAGAAUUUAUUGGAAUUAUGAAAGACAGACUCCAUAGAGGAUUCCGUGGUUAUAAAACAGUCCAGAAGUACCCCACUUUCAAAUCCUGCCUGAAAAAAGAACUUCACAGCAGAUAAAGCAAAAUUUAAAGGAUUACUAUCUAUGUGACAUACGCAAGAAGCAAAAAUUUCAGGAAGUGGAAGCAGUUAUGAGAUCAGAACAUGUAGAAAAUGAAGGAAAAGUUGAAACACAAUGAAAUUUAUAUUUUCUUCUUGAGCUAUGAAACAUAAAACAGAUUAAAAUGUGUCUUACUACAAAUGUUACAUACAUAUAAUCAAGUUGAGCUUUUGCAUUGAUUUACAGAACUCUGUACUUUUUCAUUCCCUUCAGAAGUAUAUGGAUACUUCUAAGACUAUAUAAGAUGUAUUUAAAUAUUUUUUAUUUAUUUGAAAUUUGCCUCAUAUCAAAAUAAUUUAUUACCCUGAAUUGAAGAUCACGUAAAAAUGAACAAUGCAUUUUCUUUGAUUUUGAGCUGUGUAACUUAUUUUCAGAAAAUGAAUAUUGCUUCAGGUUUAUCUUAGAACCAUUAGAAUUGUUAGUAAGUCUAUUAUUUAUAAGGUUUUUAAUUAUAUUGAAAUAAUUCUGGAAAACAUAAAUUAAGCUACUAAAUAAUAUGAUGGUUUACAGAGUACUUUUAACUUUUAAAAGUACUUAAUUACCAUUUAGAUUGACUUGUGUAAAGUUUUUUAAAUUUUUGUUCAUUUACCAAAGUCAACAGAAUGUCUGGUAUUCUUUUAUGUAUAUGGUAAAGAUAUUUAAAAUGUAGGAUUUUUUUUCCUCUCCAAAAAAGUCAUAUAUUGACGCUAGCUGCAGCUGCUGUUGUAAUAGUGUAUUGUCUUCAGCAUGAUGCUGCUCCUGACUGAAGGUGGAAUUUGUUAAUAACACUAGGAAAAAUGUUUUACAGCUUUGUAACAUAUUGCUUAUUGUUAUAUUUCUGUAGUGUCAAAAUAACUGUUAUAGAAGACUAAUAUAAAAUGGUUUAGAACACUGAUGUACAUCAUAGGUAGAAGCUAAUGUUUUGUUUCUUGGAAAAGGACCACAUGCAAGUGAUGCUGAAUAGUCAGUCAUAAUUAAUAACUAAUAAUAUAGUCUACUGAUUCAAAAGAAUAUGUCUUAAUAGGGAAAAUAAAAACUUUCUGUUGAAAAGUAACAAAAUUAGAAUUUCAAAUGGAGCUAUACUUUGUUAUUACUAAAUAGGAAUUUGCUCAGUUAAGAAUGUUUAGUUUAUGCAAGGAUAGUAUACAAAAAUAGACUAGUGAUUUAAAUUAAUAUAUUUAUUUACUGCAUGUGGAAGGUAAGUUCAUUUAUUCCUAAGACAUAUUUAUUAUAAGUUACAUACACUCCAACCAUUACCUUGCUUUCACAUUUGAAAUUAGGAAACACUGACUUUGUUUUUUAAAGUUACUCAAUGUGAAAUUGAUCUGCAUUAGUUUAUUUAUAAAAGUAAAGUUAUUUAUAAGAAAAUGUUGUAUUACUAUUGAUUUUUUAUUUGUUAGACUUUUUAGAUUCUUUCCCUGGUAUUAUUUAUUAUACUAACAUAUACAAACAUUCAUAAAUUUUGGAAUCCCAUAUAGUAUGAUAAUUUAAUUUCACAUGCUUUAAAGGCCAAUUCAGUUGACAAUUGAUGAAAUAGAAAUGCCUGCCCAUUCAUAUAGUGUGCUGAACUCUAUUUUACCUUACAAUGAAUGUUCUCAAUAUUAUUUGAUAUCUAAAAUUUUUAAUACUAUUUAAUUUUUAAUCCUUGACUGUAUGUUAUAUUAUUUUGCAUACUUGGAAAGUCUUGUAAAUACAGAUCAAAAAUUGAAUUAGCCCAUUAAAAUUAUUUAUAAUUCUGCCUCUCCCAAGGAAAAAUAUGAAACUAUAUAUAUACACUCAUUGUUCUUUAUUGCUUAUCAGAAUGCAUACAUGACUAUCUGUUUAUAAGGCUACAGUAUAAUAUUAAAGCGAGAAUAAAUAAAAUACUCUGAUCAAUCAAAAUGGAAAAAUAGCUAAAUUAGUGAUUCCUUUUAUAUUAUCAUGCUGGAACUUUAUCAUUUAUAAAAUGAGAGAUAAAAGUAUUUCACUGGAUUGUUGUUUACAUCAAUUUUAAAUUUUUAAAUUUUUUAAAAAUAAUUUACUGACUCCAUGUAUGUAAUUAUUUUCACUACCUCCUUCUAUAAAUUAUUCUUUGGAAAGAUUAAGUUAUACAUGUAAUUUCAGUGUAAAUUUUUACAGAAAUCCUAUGUGACAAAUAGUUUAUGGUACUUGUCAGAAUCAUUUCACAGUAAGAAAUUCAUGUAACUAAAGUUCCAAUUUAUUGCUCUUAUAAAUUAUAAAGCAACCUGUCUUAGAUUCUUAUCUUAAAAUAAAUAUAAGUACCCUUGAACCAAGAAA